AUGGUCUCCGCAUCAAAGGCAGCACGUGAAGCCAAGAAGGCCGCGGCCGGCAAGGACAAGAAGACGGCUGCCAGCAAGGUCGCCUCCAAGAACGCAUCCACCGCCGCCAGCGAGAACUCGUCUGUUAACGGCGACGACGAGCCACUCGAGGACGCCGACGGCGAUGCGCUCCCGCAGAACACCGACAGCAAGCUGAGCGCAAAAGUUCAAAAGCUCAAACUCCAGGAAGACAAAGACGGUAUCUCCGACCGUGUGACGACUGGUGUGCUGGCAUCUCUCGAGCAGAGCCGCGACGUCAAGAUCACAUCCGCCUCGCUCGUGUUCCACGGCAAGGUUCUCUUCAACGAUACUACACUCGAGGUCAACUACGGCCGACGAUAUGGUCUCCUUGGUGAGAACGGCUGCGGAAAGUCGACUCUCCUCAAGGCAAUUGCCGCUCGCGAAUUCCCAUUCCCAGACCACAUCGACAUCUACCUACUCAACGAGGGCGCUGAGCCAUCUGACACCGGCGCGCUCCAGUGGGUGGUGAACUCGGCAGAACGUGAGAUGAAGAGAUUGGAAGAGCUUGCAGAGACAAUCCUUGAAGACGAAGGUCCAGACAGCCCGAAGCUCGAGGAUAUCUACGAGCGUCUCGACGGCAUGGAUCCAUCUACAUUCCACACCCGUGCUGGUCUCAUUCUGACUGGUCUCGGCUUCAACAAGAAGACCAUGGACAAGAAGACCAAGGACAUGUCUGGUGGUUGGCGUAUGCGUGUCGCCUUGGCCAAGGCUCUCUUCGUCAAGCCAUCUCUUCUGCUCCUGGACGACCCGACAGCACAUUUGGAUCUGGAAGCCUGUGUGUGGCUGGAAGAGUACAUGAAGAAGUGGGACCGCACUCUCAUUCUGGUUUCACACUCUAUGGACUUCUUGAACGGUGUCUGCACAAACAUGAUUGACAUGCGUAUGAAGGGUCUGAUGUACUACGGUGGUAACUACGACUCGUACAUGAAGACAAGGACAGAGCAGGAAGUCAACCAGCAAAAGGCAUACGAGAAGCAGCAAGACGAGAUCAAGCACAUCAAAGAGUUCAUCGCCAAGGCCGGUACCUACGCCAACUUGGUGCGUCAAGCCAAGUCUCGACAAAAGAUCCUAGACAAGAUGGAGGCAGAUGGCUUCAUCCAGCCAGUGCACCAGGACCGCAUCUUCACAUUCCGUUUCGCAGAUGUCGAGAAGCUUCCUCCACCAGUGCUGUCCCUCGACAACGUCACAUUCUCCUACUCCGGCAAGAAGGAGGACAACCUCUACGAGAACCUCGACUUCGGUGUCGACAUGGACAGCAGAACCGCACUCGUCGGACCCAACGGUGUUGGAAAGUCUACACUGCUCCGCAUCUUCACUGGCAAGCUGUCCCCUACCUCUGGAUCCGUCUCCCGUCACACUCACUUGAAGCUCGGCAUGUACAGCCAGCACUCUGCUGAGCAGCUCGACUUGACAAAGUCUGCUCUCGAUUUCGUCCGCGACAAGUACCCCGCCAUCUCACAAGACUACCAGUACUGGCGUCAACAGCUUGGUCGCUACGGUCUGUCUGGUGAGUCCCAGACUGCCGUCAUGGGUACACUUUCCGAAGGCCAGAAGUCGCGUAUUGUAUUCGCACUGCUCGCAAUUGAAAGUCCAAACAUGCUCUUGCUCGACGAGCCUACCAACGGUCUCGAUAUCCCGACCAUCGACUCGCUGGCAGACGCUAUCAAUGCAUUCUCAGGAGGUGUUGUCGUCGUCUCUCACGACUUCAGACUGCUCGACAAGAUUGCCAAGGACAUCAUGGUGUGCGAGAACAAGACGGUCACCAGGUGGAACGGCACCAUCGGAGAAUACAAGAAGAAGCUCCGGAACAAGAUGACCUCGACCGGUGCAGUCUAA